UCAGAUAUAAUGUUGUAUUGUUCAGAUUUUUUCUGUUUUCUUUUGGUUUUCUGUAGAUCUGGUGAAAAACUAGAACUUUAAUCGAUCAGGUAUGAAAGAAUAGUUAUUUUUGUGUAUUUAAUUGCGUAUUUUGUAGGAUAUAAUUGAUUGUUUGGAAUCUGGUUAUCUUUUUUAAGGUUCUCACUUGAUCUGAUUUUGAAAUUUUAAUCAACAUCUGACUGUGAAUCUGUAAUCAAUAUAUUUAACUUACGUAUAAAAUAACGAGUUUGGAAAUUUCUUGGAUAAAUAAAUCAUUUUUAUAUUUCUGAUUUUCAGUUUAUGCAAAAGAUAUAUGUUAAUGCUUCCUUAUGUUAUGAAAAAUCAGGAAUUUUUGGUAGAAAUCUUCUAAUUUGGGUACUCAUUGAUCUUCUUGUAAAAGAAAUUUAAAUCAGAAAUAAUUCUUGGUUUCUUGAUAGUGAAAGUGUAGGGUUAUAUUAAUAUUUGUGUUUAUGUAUUAGUAUUCCUCGGGUGAUAUCAAGAUUAAUGUUGACAAUAUUAAACAGAUAAGCAUUGUUCUAUUAUAUUUCUCCUUUUUCAUCAUAUGAUUGUUAUUUGGCAAUUAUGAUGAAUUUAAUCUAAAUUGCUAAAUUAAUUGAUUGAAAUUAUUGUAGAAUUGGUUACAUGAGUUCUGAAGUUUUAAACGUAUGACUGUACAUUUUAGUGUGUUUUUGUUUUUUUGUUUUUGUUUUUUUUUUUCUGAAAGUAACCCCUGGAUUUCUUUACCAUGAUAAUAAUAGAUGAUGAUUCUAGAUAUAUCUUUGUUUUUGAGUGUGAGAUGAUGAUUGAUGAAUAGUACUUGACAAUAUGGCUAUAAUUUGAUGCUUGAUGAUGAAAGGGAUUUGUUUGUUUCGUUAUGGAAGGUGGUGUGAUGGAAGGUGGUGUGGUGUCCUGGAGGUAAAUAAAUCGUGACAUUUUUACAUUGAGGAAAUGUGAAUGAAAUUUGUUUGUUUCGUUAUGGAAGGUGGUGUCCUGGAGGUAAAUAAAUUUUGAAAUUUUUAUAUUGAGGAAAUGUGAAUGAAUGCCUGUGUAGGCUCAGCUAGGACUAUUUUGUGGACAAGAGCUUUGUAAUGUGACAAGCAAUGCACCUUCAAGCGCAAUAUCAGAUCUUCCUAGUUCUCUCUUUGUUAAGGACCUGGCACAAAAUGGUUCUCCUCAGUGGCGAGAAGAUGACAAGGAUGGGCAUUAUAAGUUUGAGCUUGGAGAAAACUUAACUUCUCGCUAUAAAAUUCACAGCAAGCUGGGUGAAGGGACCUUUGGCCAGGUUCUAGAGUGCUGGGAUAAGGAAAAAAAAGAAAUGGUUGCUAUUAAAGUUGUUCGUGGAAUUAGAAAAUAUCGUGAUGCAGCAAUGAUUGAGGUAGAGGUGCUCCAACAACUUGGAAGGCAUGACAUAGGCGGCAAUCGUUGUGUACAAUUACGGAACUGGUUUGACUAUCGUAACCAUAUCUGUAUUGUCUUUGAGAAGCUUGGGCCAAGCUUAUACGAUUUUCUACGCAAAAACAAUUAUCGCUCAUUUCCCAUUGAUCUAGUUCGUGAGAUUGGCAGACAACUAUUGGAAUGUGUAGCAUUUAUGCAUGAUUUGCACCUCAUCCAUACUGACUUGAAGCCUGAGAAUAUUCUUCUAGUCUCAUCGGAAUACAUAAAAGUUCCUGACUACAAGGGUUCGUCAAGGUCCCCAAAGAGUGCUUCCUACUACAAGAGAAUUCCGAAGUGUAGUGCUAUUAAGGUAAUUGAUUUUGGUAGCACAGCUUAUGACAAGCAGCAUCAGACGUACACUGUAUCUACAAGACAUUAUCGAGCUCCAGAAGUUAUUCUAGGACUUGGGUGGAGUUAUCCCUGUGAUGUGUGGAGUGUUGGCUGUAUCUUAGUGGAGCUUUGCUCGGGUGAAGCAUUGUUCCAAACGCACGAGAAUUUGGAACACCUUGCUAUGAUGGAGAGGGUCCUUGGACCUCUACCCCAGCACAUGUUGAAAAGAGCGGAUCGACAUGCAGAGAAAUAUACUAGAAGAGGUAGGUUAGACUGGCCGGAAGGAGCGCCAUCUAGAGAUAGUAUCAAAGCUGUUUUGAAAUUGCCUCGCCUUCAAAACCUUGUUAUGCAGCAUGUAGAUCAUUCCGCAGGAGAUCUUAUUCAUCUAUUACAAGGACUUCUUAGGUAUGAUCCUUCAGAAAGGUUUUCAGCUUGUGAGGCUCUUAGGCAUCCUUUCUUCACCAAGGAUCAUCUAAGGAGAUUCUGAGAAAACUGGCCUAAUGCAGCUUCUGGCUGAGGAUGAGGCGCAUAUGGUUUCUUGCAGUGUGCAGUGAUUUAUUUGGUCCCAGACUUGAGUGAAGUGGUGCAUGGUGUUUGCCUUAAUUUUAUCCAGUAGAGAAACUAAUGUAAAAGUAGAUUCCUUCUACAAGAAAUGUAUAUCUGACAAUGCUUCGUUGAUUGCCUCUGGCGUGUACAUGUUCUGACCAGCUAAUCGAAAUGCUAACACGUCUUAGAUUUAUAAUUUUUAA